CUUCUCCAGCCUUCUUUUUCCUCCCGCAGCCUCCGUUCCCCGUUCCGCGCCGCCCUCCCGUUCUCCUCGCUCCGCCCGUUCUGGAUUCAAAUUUCGAAUCCCCCCACCGUUUCCGCCCCCCUGCACCAAAUACCCGACCCGAUUCCUUUUCCUCCCCCCUCCCACCAUGAGCGACGCACCCGGCGCAGCAGCCUCAGCUAUGGGCAGCGGCAGGGAGCUCGCCAACCCGCCGUCGGACGGCAUCUCCAACCUCCGUUUCUCCAACCACAGCGACCACCUCCUCGUUUCCUCCUGGGACAAGACGGUUCGGCUAUACGACGCCGAGGCGAAUCUGCUCAAAGGGGAGUUCGCGCACCCCGGGCCUGUGCUCGACUGCUGCUUCCACGACGACUCCUCGGGGUUCAGUGCUGGCGCCGACCACACCGUGCGGAGAUUAUCAUUUACUUCGUCAAAGGAGGAUGUUCUGGGGCGUCAUGAUGCUCCAGUUCGCUGUGUGGAGUACUCUUAUGCUGCAGGUACUUGUAACUACAUCCUAUUGGAUUGCUCUUGCGUUUAUGUUUUUGGACGUACAUUUUCCGGAAAAAUACUGAUGCAAAUUGAUUCAGUCAAACCAAAGGUUAUUUACUGCAUUAAUCAUAUCAUCAUUAAGGAUGCAGUUGAUUUUCUUAGAGAUCAGUACACAUAGCACAUUGCUAACUGAAUUCAUGUUUUAUUCUUAAUGACUAUAUUUUUGCACAUCUAAUCUUGUAUAGAAUGAUCUUAGUUUCUAAUUUUUACUUUGAUUAUACGGCUUUUUCAUGCUGUCUGGCUUCUUGAUAUUGCUUUAUCCAUUUGGAUGCAUGUUCAGGGGAUAUCCAUUUCAUUGUACAUUAUGAUAACUGGAAAUAUCUUUCUUCUAGAUAGUCAUUUCUACUUGGCCUAGUAUUGAUUUGGUUUGUCCUGUUGUGUGUUGGAAUAUUUGGUUGGUAUUUGUUCACUUCGAAUUGCCACCUAUAAAUUUGGGUACGUCAGUGUAGCCUCCAUUGGCCUUAAUUUAAGGGCAAUGUUUUUGGGAAUUCGAAUUCCCAUUAUUCUGUGGGGUUGACUCUCAUGAGAGUUUUUUUUUCUGAUUAGUACUCAUGAGAGUUGUUGUCAAAGAAACCCUUCU